UUUAGCUGUCAGAUUCACCUGAGCGCUAAACUGCAUAGUGCAAUUUCCUUCGCAGAAAACUGUAGGGGAGCUGCUUGAGAAUAACUCCUGCUAAUACUGAAGGGGAUUUCGAACAAGAUAAAUGGUUGGCAAUCGGUUCUCCGUAAGGCUGCUAAACCGAGUGGCGGCAAAUUUGAAAAAAAUGUCAUCAAAUACGAAGGAUGAUGUCCUCCAAGACAAACGUAGCAAGAUCAUGGCUAGAGGGCUUCCGAAACAAAAGCCGAUUGAAGGAGUUAAGCAAGUGCUGCUUGUAGCUUCUGGUAAAGGGGGCGUAGGAAAGUCCACAACGGCUGUAAACGUAGCCCUUGCAUUGGCAGCAAAUGAACCGACAAAAGCAGUUGGGUUGCUUGAUGCAGAUAUAUAUGGGCCAUCCAUACCAAAAAUGAUGAAUCUGAAAGGAAAUCCAGAAGUGACAUCAAGUACAUCGAAGCCUGAAAUUAUAGAAGCUGAUGCUACAAGAUUUUUGGGAUUCCACAAGGUUGACUGGCACCAACUGGAUUAUCUGGUUAUUGACAUGCCACCAGGGACAGGAGACAUUCAGCUGUCAAUCUCACAGAAUAUUCCAGUUGCAGGGGCUGUAAUUGUGUCCACUCCACAGGAUAUAGCUUUAUUGGAUGCACAUAAAGGCGCUGAGAUGUUCAGGAAAGUGAAUGUGCCAGUAUUGGGCCUUAUCCAGAACAUGAGCGUUUUUCAAUGUCCAAAAUGCAAACAUGAAACGCAUAUUUUUGGAGCUGAUGGAGUGAAGAAAUUAGCCAAGAAUAUUGGUAUAGAUGUUUUAGGUGAUAUUCCACUACAUGUCCACAUAAGAGAAACAUCUGAUUCUGGCAAACCUAUUGUCAUUUCACAGCCCCAGAGCAAUGUAGCUCAAGCCUAUUUGAAGAUUGCUGCUGAAAUAGUGAAAAGACUGUCACUUUUUCCAAUUUGAAGUCAUCAUUUUGAAGAACUGCACCUUGAAUUUUAUGAUUGAGCUGUGACAAUGUAGCAAAAUAAAUAACAAAUAUUUUAUGACUGUGUAUUAUGGAAAGUUUUUCAGUUAUAUAUUUUAAUAUUCAUAUUUAGAUUCUUUAAUUCCAAUAAAUUAAACAUAGUUUCCAGCAAAUAAUCUUUUGGUACUUUAGAGACCGAUAAACUCAUUAAGACAUAAGAUUUCAUGGAUUGCAAUUUAUUUAAUCAGAUGCAUUGAAUAUAGUCUUGAGAAAGUAGUACUAUAUUAGGUGCACUGAGUAUAGUCCAGAGAAAGAAUUAUUACAUGCGAGGGAGAUGGCCCGUUUCAAAAUAUGAUAAAUAAAUAAACAAAUUACAUAUACCGUCAGCUAAGAUGGGUCUAAAAAUUCAUGAUGGCUCUGAAAGUGAACAUUUAAAGCAUUUGUUUAGUACUUUCUAACAUAAGAUCCAUUAAAAACCCAACUAUUCUGUGGCGCUCAAUAUCAUCCAUUUAACUGUCCAUCAUUUAUGAAACAUGGAAGGUUUUUUUAGAGGGCGGUGUCCCAAACCUAUCUAUAUUUAUUACAGAGAUUGAGAAAUAUCAAAAGGAUCAACAUAUGCAAGGAACAAUUUGUUCUUCAUAUGUUUGAGUGUAAAAUACAAAAGAUAGAUACUGGUUUGAAUCCAAACUAUGACUAAAUGAUUUUUUUCCCAUCCAUGAAAGGUAUUAGAUGCAACAGUGAAUUUACAUUGGCGAGAUUAAGAGGGCAACUGAUCUUUGUCAAUUUCUCUUUUUCUUAUGGAGUAACUCUGUCUGGAGCACUCCAAAGCUUGUUCCAGCAAAUUGUGAGACUUUCUGAAAGUGAUGUUGGAACUUCAUAGCAAGGAUAUAGUCAGCCAAGAUCAUCUUGCUUUUCCUUUCUGCUGGUAAAGACUUGGGGAACUUUCGAUCCUCCAGGUAUUGCAACUUGGGCCAUCACCCAUCACCUAUUUCUUAUGCUGACUACAACUACUGGGAUUUUCAGUUCAGCAACACUUUGAGAGCUUACCUGGGCUAGCAUGAUAGUUCUGAUCACGGAAUGGUCCGAUUGAUCUGAUCUGAAUGAGAUCUUCUAAUUUUUCAUACUGAUUUAAUCAAGUACUGUCUGAAGGUUUUGUGCCAGUCCCUAUCUUUCAUUCCAAACUGUCUUACAAAGUUAUGGGGAGGAUAAAAUGAAGUGGGAUCCCCAUAAUUUAAUCUUUCAAAUGAAUGCUUAAAUAUAUGUGUAGUAAAUUUAAAAUAAAUAAUGGAACUGAAAUUUGUUCUACCAUGUAAAGUUAUUGUGAAAUUGUUAGAAAUUAUUUAUUUCGAGAUGUAAAGAACGGUCUUUUUAACUUCCAUGCGUUAUCCUGUGUCAGUUGAAGCUCGAUAAAUCCUAUUUUGUAAUUGCUUAGCAAAUUGUUCAUUUUCUUAUAUCAAGCAUGAAUAAACUCAACAUUCAGUAGCAAGCUCUUCAUUAAAGUAGAAGCAUCAGGUUACUGAUCAGAGAAGAAACAGGAGAUAAAAAUUAAGCACUGAUCACUGAACAUAUGAUCAGUUUCACAAGAGGGUAAUAGCCCCAAAUACGUAAACAAUAUAUCUAAUUGCCAAUUUUUAUACAGCACAUAGAUCUCUAUAUAUACAUAAUAUUUCAUUAUUAUGUGCAGGUUUAUAAACAUGUACAUUACAUGAGCAUACAAAAGUUUUACUGACUAUGCUAAAUCACAUGUUAGUUCAGGUUACCACUUCUCUUUUAUUUAUGAACUAACAGGAACACAAACCAAAAUGCAUAAAUUCAUUGUUAAAUUCAUAGCACUAGUAUACUUUACAGAAGUUGGUUAGUUUUUCCUUUUUAUUUCUAAUUGUUUGAGAGCUGGUUUACUCUAAUUUUAAAGUUUUCCAUUUGUGUUUUAUUGGACGGGUUGUAAAUUAAAUAACUAAAGCAAAAAGAUACACAAAUAUUUAAUUGAGCAAGAUUGUAUGAAUAUGACUCUCUGUUGAAGUUGAACUUCUAUGAUUUUAUUCUCUAACACAUUUCUGUUAUUAUUUGAUAUUAUGGUUUAUGAAUUCAAAUGAUGAUGAUGAUGAUAAUAAUGAUAAUAAUAAUAAUAAUAAUAACAAUAAUAAUAAUAAUUUAAUUUGUAUACCGCCCUUCUCCCGAAGGACUCAGGGCGGUGCACAGCCAGAAUAAAAUACACAAAUUACACAUACAAUACAAUGAUUAGAGCUGUAGUACAGUUAAUGUGAAGAGCUGGAUAAAUUUUCCUGGCUCUUGGGGUGUUUUUUCUUUGUUUGUUUUUUUGCUCAGUCCGACACAGUGUAGAACUUGGGAGACUUUCAUAAUAGCCAACCUAAGAUUAGAUUGUAGAUUAAGAACAUGCCAUUAAGUUCAGAUUUUCUAGCUUCCACUGAUGUGACAUCAGUUUUGAUGGAAUCUCAGUGGUGUGUGUGGAAAUAGCAUAUUUUGGAAUCUGGGAUUCAUUUUGAUUUUUUAUUCUGGGCAGAGAGUCAUAUUGUGACAGAUACGACAUUAUCAAUUGUAUAGGUAAAGGUAAAGGUUCCCUUUGCACAUAUGUGCUAGUUGUUCCCAACUCUAGGGGGAGGUGCUCCUCUCCGUUUCAAAGCCAAAGAGCCAGCGCUGUCCAAAGAUGCUUUCGUGGUCAUGUGGCUGGCAUGACUAAACGCCAAAGGCGCAUGGAAUUCUGUUACCUUCCCACCAAACCAUUUUUCGACUUGCAUUUUUUAACGUGCUUCUGAACUGGUAGGUUGGCAGAAGCUAGGACAAGUAACGGGAGCUCGCCCCAUUACACGGCACUAGGGAUUUGAACUGUUGAACUGCCGACCUUUCGAUCGACAAGCUCAGCGACUUAGCCACUGAGCCAUAAGUGCUAUUGGGGAAUUUGGGGUAAAUUAAUGUUAAGUAUAGAAAGGCUCCUUUCAGAUUCUGAUAAAAUUCACUUCUCUUCAUGUGUAUGUGCUUUAUAUAUCAUUCAGAUUUACUACUAAACUGUGGUUUUUAGCCAAAAUCUCAGUUAAUAGGUAGCUACUUGGAAAAAUGUCAAAUCCUACAGUAGGACCAAGGAUCACCUAAUAAAACUGUUCAGAAGGAAGUUUAGAACAGAGUAAGUUAAGUAUUGCUUAGCCCUGCAUAAUUAACCCAUGGCACUCAUUAUCAAAGGAUAUGAUGACUAUAAAAGGAGAUUGGAUAAAUUCAGGUUUUCAAAAUCUGUUAGCUUUUAUACUUAAUAUUCUCUUUGGGUAAGGGGUUUAUACUUAACAUAACAUAACAUAAUAACAGAGUUGGAAGGGACCUUGGAGGUCUUCUAUCCAACCCCCUGCCGAGGCAGGAAACCCUACACCAUUUCAGAAAAAUGGCUAUCCAACAUUUUCUUAAAAAUUUCCAAUGUUGGUGCAUUCACAACUUCUGCAGGCAAGUUGUUCCACUUAUUGAUUGUUCUAACUGUCAGGAAAUUUCUCCUUAGUUCUAAGUUGCUUCUCUCCUUGAUUAGUUUCCACCCAUUGCCUCUUGUUCUACCCUCAGGUGCUUUGGAGAAUAGUUUGACUCCUUCUUCUUUGUGGCAGCCCCUGAGAUAUUGGAACACUGCUAUCAUGUCUCCCCUAGUCCUUCUUUUCAUUAAACUAGACAUACCCAGUUCCUGCAACCGUUCUUCAUAUGUUUUAGCCUCCAGUCCCCUAAUCAUCUUUGUUGCUCUUCUCUGCACUCUUUCUAGAGUCUCAACAUCUUUUUUACAUCGUGGCAACCAAAAUUGAAUGCAAUAUUCCAAGUGUGGCCUUACCAAGGCAUUAUAAAGUGGUAUUAACACUUCAUGUGAUCUUGAUUCUAUCCCUCUGUUUAUGCAGCCCAGAACUGUGCUGGCUUUUUUGGCAGCUGCUGCACACUGCUGGCUCAUAUCUAAAUGGUUGUCCACUAGGACUCCAAGAUCCCUCUCACUACUAUUGAGCAAGGUACCACAUAUACAGUACCUGUGCAUUUUGUUUUUACUUCUAAAUACUAGUUACAGGAGAGGGACAUGUGUCCUUGAAGCCACCAAGUAAUUUAACUCAAAAGACAUUUUACUUUGAACCUUGGUUUUUAUAUGACUUAUUGUCUCCAUUCUGCUUUUUCUUCUUUCUUGCUCUGAAUGUAUUGUAGGGAUUCACCUACUAUUCUCCACAACUCUUUGAGAGAUGAGUAGGGUGAGAGGGUCUGUUAAAUCCUUAUAUGAGUUACUUCUGAAUUUAUGUCAUUAGCAACAACAAUUACAUUGCAUGCUUUCAUAAUUCAUGUAAAUGAGGCCAUUGUAGUAACACUUCCAAUUAAAGGAAAAAGAUGUAAUUUGAUUGUCCAUACAAUGCGGAUAAAGUCCACAUAAAACAUAGUUAAUCUGAAUUUUGAAAAACCUUUUCUAUGUUUAGCAAUCACAGUUCACGCAAUGAUAAACCUCUGCAUAGUUUUUGUGCCUUUCAAUAUAAUAAUUUCAAUAUUUAUGUAGAUGUUUCUGAAGAUUAGUUGGCUGUUGUCCUGUGGGAGGCAUGGCUUUCCUACUUUCUAUUUUUAAUCCUAACCUCAGUAGACUUUUGCAUUUAUGCACUUCAAGCAAUUACAAGAUUCAAGCUGAUUUCCUAUGUGUUAAUUGCUUGUUUGUUUCCAGGUUAUCUUCUCCACUCACCAAAUCUUAACAGUAUCUUUUACAUAUUCUAAUGUAAUUGCACUGGAAGGAUGGGUUAUUUUUAUUACUUCACUGUAGUAAAUCUACAACAGCAUAAAUGAAUAAAUGAAUGAACAUCAUAUUGCACUAUAUAUCUAUUUAAAAUCAAGUUUGCACAUUGUUUUUAAGAGCAAAACAAUACAUUUUUCAUUACCUUUGUAACUAUGAAUAGUUUUGAUCAGUGAUGUGAUGGCAUACAGGUUAAGUAAGGUAGCUGUUCAUAAUGUUUAUUUGAAAUUUCAUAGGAUUGUGCAAAUGAAGUCUGUUCUGAUUCACAUCAGGUCUCCCAAGUUGGAUUGAUUCAAAUUGAAUCUGAUUCCAAAGGGCAAUUUGUUCUGGAGAAGAAGAAGAAAAAACAGCAUUUCUGAACAUGUGCAAAAAGUCAUUAAAUUGUCAAAUUGGCUCAGAGACAACCAAUCAAUUUGACAAUGGGAUCCAAUUUAGAAGGUCUAUAUUAAAUUCAUAUUUGUUUAAUGUUUAUUUGUUAGAUUGAUGACCCAUGUGAAUUGAA